AAGAACACUUAUGAAAUGAAAGUUGUCCAUAUAUAUAUAUAUAUAUCAAGAACAUAGUGAAUCAUCUAGCUAGCUAAAUUUUCACGAAGCCAUGGCUCAAACAGUGUUGUUCUUGUCUUCUAGCACUGUCCCUGGCUCUGCUAACUAUUCCAUAGAUCUGAAGAAAGACUCUUUGAUCCAUCUUCAGAAUCAAGGAUUAAGGCCCAAAAUUUCUCAUCUCUUCUUCAUUCCACUACCUUCAGCUUCUUAUUCAUUUUCUUCUUCUUCAUCUCGCACAUUUAUUACAGCUUUGGCCUUCUUCAAAACAAAGACUCCCAGCAAGGUUGUGAAGUCCAAGCCAAAGCCUAAGGUUGAAGAUGCCAUUUUUGGCUCUUCUGGUGGGUUUGGUUUUACUAAGGUGAACGAACUCUUUGUUGGUCGUGUUGCCAUGCUCGGUUUUUCUGCACCAUCGUUGGGUGAAGCAAUUACUGGCAAAGGAAUCAUAGCACAACUUAAUCUGGAAACUGGAAUGCCCAUAUAUGAAGCACUUCUACUUUUCACACUACUAGGAGCCAUUGGAGCACUUGUUUACCGUGGCAAAUUUCUUUAUGACCUUCCCACUGAACUCAAUAAGGCAGUCAUUCCUCCAGGCAAAGGACUCAGUGAAGGCCAAGGAGGACCCCUUAACAAAACCAAAAUUGAGAGACUACUGAUGUGUUGGUGGGCCUUCACAGGCCUCACGCACAUUAUAAUUGAGGGUUAUUUUGUUUUCUCACCAGAGCUUUUCAAGGAUAAGACUGGCUUCUUCCUGGCUGAAGUUUGGAAGGAAUAUAGUAAAGCGGAUUCAAGGUAUGCAGGAAGGGAUGCAGGGGUAGUUACUAUUGAAGGACUAACAGCUGUUUUGGAGGGGCCAGCUAGUCUUUUAGCUGUAUAUACAAUAGCUACUGGAAAGUCAUAUAACUACAUACUUCAAUUUGCAAUUUCUUUGGGCCAACUAUACGGAGUUGCUGUUUAUUAUAUAACAGCAAUCUUGGAAGGUGAUAAUUUUUCUGCAAGCUCAUUUUACUAUUAUGCAUACUAUAUUGGAGCAAAUGCAUUGUGGACUAGCAUACCCUCGAUCAUUGCAAUACGCAGCUGGAGGAAGAUCUGUGCAGCAUUCCAGGUUCAACAAGGUGGCCAAAUAAAAAAGCCUAAAGUUCGUUGAUCAUUUUUUUGUCCUCGUAAUCAUUUAAAUAUUGUCAUUUUGUAUUUUUAUGCAAAAAUCAUUAAUAAUACCAUUCAUAAUCAAGAUUUUUUUAAAAAAAAUCAAAGUAAAUUAUUAAUUUACCUGUUGA